CCUAAUAUGGUCGCUAUGGGGAAACAUGCCGCUAAAGAUACCUGCUUUAUCCGAUUUAUUAACUUCACUUUUGAAAGAGUCGGUUAUGUGGUCAGUUAUGCUCCUUGGUCAUGCAUUAUCCUGAGCUGCUUAGCGACACUUGUUCUAAGUUUGAAGAUUCCAUUCACAAAGAUGGAGAACAACAUCAGUGACUUCACACCCUAUGGAGCCCGAUCAAGACAGGAACAAAAGAUUUACUGUGAAUUCUUUUUGAACCGAGGAGAACCGAAGGCGAUUUAUGCUUUCAUUUAUCCGAAACACGGAGGAAAUCUGCUAAACACAUCUCAUUUCAACCACACUGUGCAGGUACUCGACAAAAUCUCACACGAUUUCUAUAUGCGAACGCCAAGCGGGAACAAGAAUUUCGAGCAACUGUGUGAAGGAUUCUGCACUAUCAAUGAGCCGAUUCGGCACUUUUACAGUGGCAUGCUAAUCUCCGACAAAUACACGAACAAAAGUCGGCAUCUGGAUUUGGGCUAUCCGAUCACAACAGUGCUCGGAACGAAACUUCACAUGGAUCCGAAUCUGUUCGGAGUGAAAGUAGCUGUGAAGGACGACCGUGGGCAAGAAAAAAGUCGUUUUCAGACUCAGCUGCCGAAUAACAUUCGCGAAGUGGCGCUGAUUGUACUGCAAUUCCGCCUGGAGAUCGGAUCCAACAUCGCGCGUGGAGACUUCGAUGCCUAUGAGCAUUCGAUCGUCCAGCACUUCCAGAACGAUGUAAUCAUUGUGGAUAUUCUCACUGAUUCCUAUAUCACCUCUGAAAUCGUGAGAGCCGGACUGUCUCUAGUGCCCUUUCUCGCUGUUGGAUUCACCAUAAUGGUCACUUUUUCGGCUAUCACAUUCUCGAUUAUAAUGGCGUGCGUCUGCCCGUUCAUGGCGUGUGGUGCUGCCUUGGGUGCUUUAUUCUGGGCUGGAUUCCGCUUCGGCUCAACCAUGUGCGUGACUCCGUUUCUUGUGCUGGCCAUCGGCGUAGACGACGCCUAUCUGAUGAUGAACGCCUGGCAAAGAAUCACCUCUAGACGGAGGAAAAUUCCGUUCGAUAACGUGGAUUUGGAAGUUCGUGGAAGAAUUGUCGAAAUGCUCGUUCAAACUGGACCAUCUGUGUCGAUCACCACUAUCACAAAUUUUCUCGCGUUCAGUAUCGGUGCAUUGACUCCGACACCAGAAAUACGGCUGUUCAGCAUCGGCAAUGCGUUCGCUAUUGUGGUAGACUUCAUUUUUCAGCUGAGUAUCUAUGCUUCACUAAUGGUGAUAGUGGGACGAUACGAGAUUCGGAGAGAGUUUGACAGCAAAUGCCUUGAUCUUCAAAAAUGGUUUACUGGUAUGUGCAAGUACGUUUGCAUCAUCGGAACCUUGAAUAUGAAACCUGAACUCAGUCCGGAUAGGUUGUUCCUUGAAGACUCAAGGAUUUUCAAAGUAUUCGAAGAAAGACAAAAGUACAUCACACCGUACUACAGCGUUUGUUGGAUUCUGGUCGAGCAACCUGGGGACAUUUCAAACGUCGCGGAGUUCGAAAACCUUCCCAAUUCGGUUGGUCGAUAUUCGACCAAAUUCUGGUUGAGAGACUAUGAAGACUUUCUAAAACAAGGAGAAGAACUUGACAUAGCCAAGGAAUAUGAUGACUUACUUGAGCCAAGCACAGUGUUCACACAGAAUGGCAGCUUCUUCGUUUCAUCUACAGCUAAACCAAAAGGCAAUGAAUUGAAGCAAUUCCUCGAAUGGCCAGAGUUCUCCUUCUGGAAAGGAUUUAUACAAUUGGAAACUGAGUACAUUGUCACGCGAUUCUUCUUCACAACUGCUUUUCAAGGGCGAGAACUCCAAGACUGGUCAAAUCGUGCAGUGCUUCUGAAUCAGUGGCGAUUUUUAGCUGAUAAGUAUUCGGACCUAAAAGUUUCGAUCUACGAGGAUGACGCGAAGUUCUUGGAUAUGAUAGAGACGAUGGUGCCGGUGUCGUUACAGUCUGCUCUGUUCACCUUCGUCUCCAUGUUCGCCGUCACCGUGCUAUUCAUCUCCCAUCUGCCCACGUUAUUCGUCGCUACCCUCAGUAUUCUCAGCACUAGCGUCGGUGUAUUCGGCAUUAUGUCGCUGAAAGGAGCACAACUGGAUCCGAUUAUGAUGUCGGCGACAGUGAUGUGCAUCGGCUUCUCGGUCGACAUCCCUUCACACAUCAGCUAUCAUUAUCACCACACAGAGAAAGGACCCGGUAAUGUAAUGGAACGGCUGAAAGAGACCGUGAGGUCCGUUGGAUUUCCAAUCAUGCAGGCAUCAGUAUCAACCACUCUUUGUCUUCUCAGUCUCUUUUGCGUCAAACUUCACAUGUCACAGACAUUCGCAGAAUGUAUGCUUCUCGUUGUAUUGAUCGGAACGAUCCACGGGAUUCUCAUCAUACCAGUGAUUUUCAACUUGAUUUCGAUCUUACCCUUCAGAAAUAAACUGGUAGUAGUCACGUAG